UGGAGCACCCCCUCCAUCCAGGGCUGAAUUUCCCCUCCUGGGCCACGAGCAGCCCCAGCCCUGCCCCAGAUUCCUUUUUCCAUGGCCAACCCCCCUCCAUGGCUGGCUGAUUCCAUCCAGAGGCUGCUGAGCUGAGAAAACAACAACAAAAAAAGGCCCCACAACCCCCAGACAAAGCCAGGAGGCCGGGGGCAGCCACGGGAAUAAUCCCACAUGGAUUUUUUUCCCCCCUCCCUGGUUUAUUUCCUGCUGGGCUGUGAUCCCAGUGUGCUGGGUGCUGCAGGAACAGCUGCUGAGCCCAGCCCUUCCAGGCUGAGCCCCUCGGGGCCAGACCCCCCAGAGCCAAAAGCUGGGAAAAUGCCUCUGGAGCAGAUGUUAAUGGGAAGGAUGGGGUGCCCCAGCCAGCAGAGCUGAUCUCCAGGAGAUUUCCCAAGGAGUUAUUGAGCUCCUGGGGGAGCAUCUGCCAGUGCUCACUUCACAGCCCCAGCACUGAUAAUAUUGUUGUUAUUAUUGUCAUUAUUAUCAAUACCAUCAAAAUCAACAUUAUUAUAAAUAUCAUUUCUCUUUUCUCCUUUUUAUUUGAUCCUUUUGUCCUUAUUUUCAUCAUUGCUUAUUAUUUAUUAGCAUUACUAGUGCCAUUAUUUGUCACCAUUUUCUCCCUCAAUCCAACAUUAAGACACUACAGAGAAAUCUCCCAGACCGAGGGGGCUUUCCAGAUGGUUUCCACUGGGAAUUCCAGUUUGGCUUAUCCAUGUGGGAGCCUCAUGCCAAGCCAGUGUAAUUUUGGGCAGGAACCGUCCCCACGUGCCCAUCGUUGACUCCCAGUGGGACAUGCUGCUCCUCCUGGCUGGAAAACCCUUUGGAAUUUUGAGGGGAGCACCCAGUGAGCCCCCCAGCCCUGGCAGCAGCUCCAGCAGUCCCUGGUUUGGCUGUGCCUUGGAGGGGAUCCCCUUGGAGGAACCCCCCCAGUCUGGGGGAAAUUCUGGCUGCAGUUGCCGUGGGCUGGACACAGCAGGAUCCUGGCGAUGCCUGGGGGGGAUGUCUGGGGGCUUUGGGGACCACGCUGGGCUGGAGAGGCAGCAAGGGACAGUGACAGCUCUGGGACCAGCCCCGGGUGGGAGGGUCGGUCCCAGACCACGGGGCACCGAGGAGGAGGAGGGAAGAGAAGAGAAGGAGGAGUAGGAGAAGAGGAGGAGGAGGAGAGAGUCACUGGCCCCGGGCUGGGCUCUGACCUCCCUCCUGCUCCCGGUGCAGCACCGCCAGGAGGAGCCGCCCUGUCCCUGUCCCUGUCCCCGUGCCCCUGCCCAGCUCCGGCCAGGCCAUGAAGACGGAGAAGGACGAGGCCGUGGCCACCUUCUCCCUGCGGGGGAAAUUCGGCACGGAGGGGGCAGGCUGCAGUGACCCACCCGUGCCCGGUGCCCCGGUGCCGGUGGCGGGGAGCGGAGGGACCCCGGCCCCGGAGCUGCGGCCGCUGAAGCGCAGACCUGUCCCAGGGAAACACUACCAGUGCUCGAGCUACGGCUGCAAACUGGCCUUCCCCAGCAUGCAGGAGCUGAUGGACCACCUGAAGGUCCACUACAGACCCACGCAGUCCCUCGAGGGCAAAACCUUCCAGUGCCCCACGCUGGGCUGCAGCGAGACCUUCCCCAGCAUGCAGGACCUCAUGGCCCACAUGAAGGUGCACUACAAACCCAACCGCUACUUCAAGUGUGAGAACUGCCUGCUGCGCUUCCGCACGCACCGCUCGCUCUUCAAGCACCUGCACGUCUGCUCGGACAGCGCCGGCGGCCCCUCGCAGCCCCCCCGGCCCGCGCCGCCCCCCGCCGCCCCCGUGCCGGACAAGGAGCCCCCGGCCAAGCCCCCCGAGGGGCUGCCCAAGCUGCCGAGCGCGCUGCGGCCCCCGGAGAAGGAAUCGCCGGCGGACUGUGCCCCGGCGGCGCUGCCCGGCUCGCUGGAGCCGCUGCUGCCGGGGGCCCCCCACCCCUUCCCGCUGCUGGAGCCCGGCCUGUUCGGGCCCCCGUCCUUGACUCGCUUCUCGGGGCCGGCCCCCCCGUCCUCGGUGCCGGGGCCGUUCGUGCCCUACGUGCCCCCCUCGCCCUUCGGGCUGGCGCAGCCCCCGGCUCAGCACCGCCUGCGGCCCUUCCUGCCCGGCCACGGCCCCCCCAGCGUCUCCAACGCCGUCUGGAAGAAAAGCCAAGGUGUGAGUGUCAGCCCACUCCUCCCAUGCUUUGGCUCAGGAGUGACUCCAGGGCACUCCUCCAACAGCCGCAUCGUCUGGGAGCACACGCGGGGCCGCUACAGCUGCACGCAGUGCCCCUUCUCCACCGCCUCCCGCGACGAGAUGACCCUGCACAUCGAGGACCACCGCAAGAACCCCCCGCCCGGGCGCCUGGAGGCCGAGAUGGAUUUCGGGGUGGGCCUGGCCCCGUUCCACGCCAAGCUGCCGCCGGAGAUGGAGAACUCCCUGUACUCCCAGCUUUGAUGCCCUCGGCUCCCAAGGGACUCUCCUGCGCCUCCCGUCCCUCCCCUGAGCCGGGCAGGGGGCACAGCACAGCCCUGCCACGGUGCUGGGACAGGCGGCCCUCCCUGGGGACAGCAGCAGCAGAGGGGCCGAUGUUCCCCCUGGAAUUUCUCCCCUUCCUUUUUAUUUUCGGGAGCUCUCCAGCAGCCGGAGCCGCUGCGUCUCCCUCCCCAAAGGUUUUGUUGCUUCGGCCCCGGGGGCUCUGCGGGGAGCCCGGGAGGUUCUCAGGAGUUAGUGGACUUCUCUGGAAUGAGAUCUCGGAAAAAUAAAUGGGAAUUGUACAGGAGUGGCAGC